CGGAAUUUAGCAGAGGCAUGUAAGGUCGCGUGACUUUCAAACCGAAAGCAGGAAGGGAAAAUAGAGUGAGCACAUCUGAAGUUUAGUAACAUAUCGGAUUUCACUGUGCAUAAAGUAGGAUACGCCAUCCAAUACGAUGAUGGGUGGCCGAAGAUUGUACGGAUCUCUGGUCAAAGGCCUCCUGAUUAUGGCUUGUUGCUCAAUUUUGACAACCUCUUCAAACUCUACAACCACAGAGGCAGAAACCAAAACAGAACCAUCAACAACAAUAGCAUCAACAAAAGCAGCAACAACAACAGCAGCAACAACAACAACAGCAACAACACCAGCAGCAGCAACAACAGCAGCAACAACAGCAGCAGCAACAACAGCAGCAACAACAACAGCAGCACCAACAACUACAACACAACGGCCAGAUUAUAACCCGGUUAACCUUACAAUAAGUAAUGUGACAAAGACUUCCCUGUCUAUAUCCUGGAAUUUCAAAAAUUAUUGGAAAACCAAUAUUGAUUGGAUAAAUGUAACAGCUAAUUCCACGCUUUGUAAAGUUGAUACUGGCAACACGACAGCCCAGUGUGGGGGUCUGACACCUGGCUGCAGUUACCAAGUGACAGUUGAAGUUGGAGUUAGAGGAUUGAAUUGGUCAAACAGCAUACCAACGAAUAUGGUUCCAGAAAUGCCAGGGAAACUUAUUCGGAAAGAUGCUUUGGCGGCCACUGAUUUUACAUUGACAUGGAAUGAAAGUGCUGGAUGUGUAAGCAGCUAUUCAGUUACUGUAAUAAAGAGCAAUGCAACCAUUUUCAAUGGAAAUACACCAAAUAAUACCAUCAAAAUAAAUGUACCCAACCUUCAACAUGGAGUGAACUACUCUGUUGCAAUAGUGGCAACAAAUGGCGACCACAACAGUACGGUUACAGAGGAUUGGUUCCGCACAAGCUCUUCAAGACCAAGUGAGCCUAGAGGUUUGAAGGCCAAUGCAACAGGAAAUGAUACAAUACAACUGAACUGGACAGCGCCUCUGGAACCCAAUGGGGAUUUACAACAUUAUGAAGUCUGUUAUGAAUAUAAACUCUACAAUGACACAGAUUUUGAAAAACAACAAUGUCAAAAUACUUCUUCAGCUGAGAAUAGUUUUAAACUCCAAGGUUUGGUUUCUGGCGCAUUCUACAACAUCAGUGUCAAAGCAUGGAAUGACGAAUAUUCGGGUAAUGAAUCAUUGAUCCAAAGCAGAACUGUUGAAGCAGAACCAGGCCAAGUUUACAAUCUGAGUGGAAGCUCGACCAACGACUCCGUCACCUUCACUUGGGGCCGUCCACUUUCUCCAAAUGGUGACAUUGAUGAGUAUAAGCUGGUGCUGUUCUGGCUGAACGCACAUUUUUGUAAUGUUAUACUGCACGUAGAGGCAAAAAAUACAAGCGUUCCUGAGCCGUGGUGUUUAACUAAUUGCGCAGCUAACAGCUCAGAGAGCUCUUUACCAUUGGAAUAUAACCAGAAGAACAUGAAUGUUACCAUCUGUGGACUGCAACCAUAUACUAAUUAUUCAGCAGUUGUAAAGGCAAGAACAAGAGCUGGCGAAGGAAUUUAUUCUGAAAAAAGUGUUAUGACCAAAAUCGGUGCGCCAGGACCUGUCAGGAAUGUCGACGUGAUAUACAUAGAGAGCACACGUGUGACAGUGACAUGGGAUAUCCCAGAAAGGAACCCUGGUCCUGUGAACUACACAGCUGAGGCCAGAAGUGUCGUCCCAGGCAUUAACAAUAUUACUCGGACCUGCACUGCUCAGAACUUUACUUCCGAAAAUUGCACAAUUACGGGACUUGAAGAGGACUGGAUGUAUGAAGUUUCUGUAACAGCAGCAACUUCGGGGGAAAAAAGUGAAGCUAGAUCCUUGAACUUUACUACACUUCCAGCAGCACCUGGUGCAGUGGCAGAAGUUAAGGUCGACUAUUUUGAUGACUUGACCAAUCAAGACAAUUGUGAUGCAAGCAAAGUCAAAGUUACCUGGUGGGAGCCAGGAUUGUUUGAUAGGAAUGAUUAUAUUGACCAAUACAAGAUAAAAUAUGAUAAUGCACCAGAUGUACCAUUUAAUGUCACAGACGUUGAUAGGUAUCGCCUGGAGAACAGGAAUAGUAUGACACAUCUUACUGGACUCACAGCAGAGAAAAAAUAUGACUCAAAGAUCUUUGCUGUUGGGAAAAAAACUGUAGGUGCAGAAAAAGAUUUCAAUUUUACUACAAAAACAUGUGCUCCGCCACCUUGGUAUAUCAAAGAACAUGGAACGAUACUAGCAGAUGGUUCCACCUUCUCAUCCGUUACCGUGACGAUGAAGGCUGCGUUUUUUAAAAAUAGUGCACAAGGGGAAAUAAAGUCGAGAGGGCUUAUAAUAAGCAAGGAAACUGCUGCCACAUUGAGGACAAAGAGAAGUAUCCCAGAAGACAAUUUAAAUGCAACAACAUGGCAAAAUGCUUAUACGAAUAAUUUCAACAUUCCAUACAAAAUCUACCUAUCAAAAAACGAUAUUUCAAAUGGGAUGAUUAAGGUGGAGAUUGGAUCUGAAAUCUGUACUGGUCUUGAUACAGAAUAUUGUAAUGGAGAACUGCCACCUAGCACACAGUUCUGGGUCUACCCAUUUGCAUGUACAUCAGUUCUAUGCACAGUUGGCACUAGGUUUGGACCCUUCGCUACCCAGCCCACGCCGACAGUGCCGCCUACGAAUAACGGUUGGAUAGUUGGUAUCUGCCUGGCUAUCGUCUUUGCUGCUGUAAUCUGCGCCUUUGCAUUGCUCUGGUACAGGGGAGUGAUCAACCCUGCUAAGUGGACACAACGCUUUAGAGGCAGACGAGGGUCUAGUGACAGCGAUUUUGAACCCAUAGAUGACACUGAUAGAUCGAUCCAGAUUGCGAAAUACUCGGAAGUGUUAGAGGAGCUGCAUAGGGACACCAAUCUGCUGCUGUCUAACCAGUAUGAGGACAUCAAGAAGAAAGGGGCCCACAUUGAGGCCCACACAAGCUCAGAGGCCUCUAACCUGGAACCCAACAAGGGCAAGAACAGAUGGGUGAACAUCUUACCAUUUGAUCACAGCCGCGUGAAGAUACAGCAGUUAGAUGAUGAAGAUCCGACCACUGAUUACAUAAAUGCUAACUAUAUUCCUGGCUUUCACCACAAGCGUGAGUACAUAGCAACCCAGGGCCCGUUGCCAGGGACGAUAGACGACUUCUGGAGGAUGAUCUGGGAGCACCAGGUCAAGAUCAUCGUCAUGCUGACUCUGUGCAAGGAGGGGCAGAGGGUGAAAUGUGAAAAGUAUUGGCCAGAUGAGGUUAAUGAACCAAAGCAGUACGGAGAAGUCGUUGUCAAUCCAACAUCCAUGUCAAAUAUGGACAAGUUUGAUAUCAACAUCUUCACUUUGUCUCAUGGAGAGGAGUCCAUGAAGCAGCGUGUGACCCAGUUCCACUACUUGACCUUCCCCGACUUCAGUGCAGACGUCGAGUUUGAACACUUCAUAGAAUUUGUGCGCACCGUACGAAGUCACGUCCCACACAAUAUGAAGGAACCGAUGGUCAUCCACUGCAGUGCUGGUGUGGGACGGACUGGCACGUACAUCGCAGUGGACUAUCUACAGGAGUACCUAAACAGUCCAAAGUUCAACCUCAACGACCGAGUAAAUAUCUUCGACUUCGUCAUGAAGAUGAGAGAAAACCGUGUCAACAUGGUUCAGACUGAGUCCCAGUACAUCAUGAUCCAUGACUGUUUUGAGUCGAUGCUUGAGGACAAGAAGAAAUCCCUAGAAGCCAGAGUUUCUGUCAAUGAUGUCUAUGUCAACGAGGCAUUUGAGCCUGACGACCAUCAGUAUGAAAACGUUAACAUGGAGAAGAAAGAAGAUGUCUAUGCAAACGUUGCAGAUAGCAACGGCCAAACCAAUAGUGAGGAGAACACUGAACUUUGAAAAUGGGCCAGCACAUAUCCAGCUGUUGAUUGAUGUGUUUGAAAUCUGAGGAGUUGCAUGUAAGCCUCCUUCUGAUAAAAACUGGUCUCUAAGCAUGUGUGUAAAAUAUCCCAGAUUAGCCUGUGUAGUCUGCACAGGCUAAUCAGGGAGACCACUUUCAGCUUUCAUGGAAUUGUUUGUUUAAAGAUAAUAUCUUCUAAAUGAAUAUCCAGUUUAGGUGGAUAUUGUCGUCCCUGAUAAGACUAUGCAGACAGCACAGGCUUAUAUUGGACAACACUAUGCUCAUGCAUUAAGUCCCAGUUUUCCCAGAACGAGGCUAAUAUUAUGUCUAAUACGUAGUAUUUUAUGUGUAAGUCAUUUCGAUGUCAUGUUAGAGUUUUGCAUUUUUCUUGUGACAUAUCCGUUUAAGGUAUAUAACUUAUCAAUGCGCAUUACUUUGAUGAAACGCAUUUGACCUCGGACAUUUUACUUAUGACAUUUUGAUUAAGUAUUCUACGACUUACAUUAUACUUAUGUCAUUUAGAUCAAACAUUAUAUAUCUUAUAUUAUACUUAUGUCAUUUGGAUUAAGCAUUAUAUAUUUUAUAUUAAACUUAUGUCAUUUGGAUCAAGCAUACUUUAAAUAACUUACCGGUAUGUCAUUUUGAUUUAUUAUAAAUCAGUUUGCUAUUUCAUCAUGUUUUAAAUUUUUUUUUGUAUGUGUUCUUGCAUUCCACCAGAAUGUUGACAUUUUACUUAUCUUAUUCAGUUUUGAUCACCCAACUUGAGCUGUUUACUUUGCAGCAAAUUAUUAGUAUUUGUUCUCGAAUUGAAUUGUUACCAAAAUGAUGAUGUUGUUAAAUACUAAAAUGAUAAUGUUGUUUAAUACCAAAUGAUAAUGUUGUUUAAUACCAAAAUGAUAAUGUUGUUUGAUACCAAAAUGGUAAUGUUGUUUAAUACCAACAUGCUAAUGUUGUUUAAUACCAAAAUGCUAAUGUUGUUUAAUACCAAAAUGAUAAUGUUGUUUAAUACCAAAAUGAUAAUGUUGUUUAAUACCAAAAUGAUAAUGUUGUUUAAUACCAAAAUGGUAAUGUGGUGUAAUACCAAAAUGGUAAUGUUGUUUAAUACCAAAAUGAUAAUGUUGUUUAAUACCAAAAAUGAUAAUGUUGUUUAAUACCAAAAUUAUAAUGUUGUUUAAUACCAACAUGGUUAUGUUGUUAAAUACCAAAAUGAUAAUGUUGUUUAAUACCAAAGUGAUAAAGUUGUUUAAUACCAAAAUGAAAAUUUGUUUAAUACUGAAAUGAUAAUGUUGUUUAAAAACAAAAUGGUAAUGUUGUUUAAUACCAAAAUGAUAAUGUUGUUUAAUACCAAAAUGGUAAUGUUGUUUAAUACCAAAAUGAUAAAGUUGUUUAAUACCAAAAUGAUAAUGUUGUUUAAUACCAAAAUGAUAAUGUUGUUUAAUACCAAAAUGAUAAUGUUUUUAAUACCAAAAUGAUAAUGUUGUUUAAUACCAAAAUGGUAAUGUUGUUUAAUACCAAAAUGGAAAUGUUGUUUAAUACCAAAAUGAUAAUGUUGUUUAAUACCAAAAUGAUAAUGUUGUUUAAUACCAAAAUGAUAAUAUUGACUGUUGUUUAUCAGUCAGUAAACAACAGUUUUGAAUUUGGAAGCCCAGGAAUUAAGCAAUGAAGGCAUUAGCCCCAAUUUAUAAAUAGCGGCACAUAAGAAACUCAAGAAAUAGCUAUUGAAUGAUUUAUAAGAUUAUCAUUUGAACAGUAUGUUGAUUCUUACAUGAUUUUGUACACGUUGAUGCAAAUUAAAUAAUAAAGACAUUUUUUAUGCUGUUUUCAGGUUAUGGGAAUUCUUUUGAUGUUGUUAUGAUUUUACUAUAGCAAUUUUGUCGUUUUUAAAUGAUUUUAUAACCGUAACUUCAUGUGUUGUAAAUGAUUUAUAGUGAUAACUUUGCGUAGUGUAAAUAAUUGUACAAAAUUAAUUGUAUAUAAUAUAAAUCAGUUUACAAUGGCAACUUUGUUAUUUGUCUAAUGCAAGAUUGGUGAUAACUAUGUGAGAACAAUGAUCUGUUUUUAUAUGAGUCAGCUUUCUGAGAAAACUGGGCAUAAUGCAUGUGCGUAAAGUGUUGUCCCAGAUUAGCCUAUACAGUCCGCACAGGCUAAUCAGGCUCGACACUUUUAUGACUUUUUUUGUCCUAUUUAACGGCACCUUCAAAGGUUCAGCUGAUGUGAAUAUGGGAUGCGUUAAAAGCAGUCGUAUAGUAAACAUAUGUGUCUUGCUGUGUACAAAUUGGGCAAAAUGCAUGUGCGUAAAGUGUCGUCCCAGAUUAGCCUGUGCAGUCGGCAUAGGCCUAUCUGGGAUGACACUUUCCGCUUUUAUGGUAUUUUUCAUUUAAAGGAAGUCCUUUCUUACCGAAAAUCUUGUUAAGGCGGAAAGUGUCAUCCCUGAUUAGUCUGUGCGGAUUGCACAGGCUAAUCUGGGACGACACUUAACGCACAUGCAUUAUGCCCAGUUUUCUCAGAACAAGGCUCAUACAAUGUAUCGCAUAUUGGACAGCAUUUUAAGUUAGCUUAGUUAUUAUCUUAAAUUGAAUAUUGACAUAAUUUUUUCAUAGAUACUUGUGUAGUAUUCCUGUAUUUCUGUAAGACACAAUAUUUGUGCAUGCAUUAUGUUGAUUGUUAGAGCAUUUUUUAUUGGUGUUAAUUUGUUGAUAGUAUUUUGUUGAAUAUUUAUAAGAAGUCAUACAUUGUUAAAUGAAAGCGGAUAUCAUACAUAUACUGGGUUAUGUUGAUAUAAUAAUAAUAUUCUUGUAUUGACAUUAACAUUUGUUGUUAAACAAGUUUGCUAAUUUCAGAAGUGGAAUGAUCUAUUUAAGACCUGUCAUGCUUGACAAAAAUUUGAUGAAUAUACAUGUACACUGACUUGAAAUAAAUGUGGAGUCUUCAAACUUUAAGAUAAUUAAAAUAUAAUUACAUAUAUAAUGAUUUUUGUUUCACCAUUACAUAUGGAUGGUUUUCAACACUGAUCACUCUAAGACAUUGUGUUAUGCAAUUUCGUCUGUAUUAAUAUCAAAUAUUGUUCAGAAUAAUAAAGACCAGUAAGCAACUGUAUGUAAACUUAAAUAAUAUUCCUGUUUAUUUCCAAAAAUGUUUAAUAAACAGUUUUUCAUGAAUAUUAUAAGUUUUUGAUGUUUUGAAAUGGCCUGAUUUUAUAUAUCAACUUACCGGUAUGUAAAAUAUAGUUUGUACACAUAAAUUGUCUCCUUUGCAACAUGUUGUCAAACUUUGUACCUAGGUACUUGUGCAUGUUAAUUUAUAUAUAUAUAUAUGCAAGCAUCUGUUUAAUGGCUAAAACAGCUCAUGUUCUUGUAAUUUGUAUAUACAUGUACACAUUAUAUAUAUUUUUUGUAUUAGUGUUCUGAAUUAUCCUUUAGACAAUAACAAAUAUACAACUGUUACAAGGCAUUAAGAAAGAAAAAAACAUAUACAGAUUCAAAGCAUGUCCAUUUUAUUCUGUAUUUUCUAAAAUAUUUUAUUGACAUCAUUUUCUAGAGUGAAAAUUCUUGUUACCAUCCUCUAGCUUUUAUUUACUGCAAGGGACCAAUUGCCUAUAUAUUAAAGUACAGAAUUAAAUAAUAAUUAAAUUACACAGAGUAAAAUAAGCAUAAACCUGAUAGCAUUGCCAAUUUGAUAACCUAAAAAUGGGACAUAUUUAAAUUUACUAGUCAUUAAUUAUUGAGAACUAGUUUACCUCCUAAUCACAUUUUUAGUGCAUAAUUUUACUUUAUUUGAGACUUAGAUGUUUUAUAUUCUUAUUGUUAUCUUGAUUAUUUAAUUGUACAUUUUUGUGUAUUAUUUCAUUUUGUAUAUUUUUUGUAUAUACAUAUUGUUACAAAAAAAUCAAAAAUUUCUUAAAUACAUAUGUCAUUUGGAAAAACACACACAUCAGAUAGUGAAUACACACAUGUAUUAAUACAUCUGCUCCAACUUCAUCACUGUUAUGUGCCUUGUUUAUAUUGGGAACUAAGUCAACAACAACAUACACUGGAACAAUAAAUGUAUACAUAAACUAAAAGAGUAAUACAUUGUUGUUUAAAUGAAAAAAAAGUAUAACAUGUUAAACAUGUUUUCUUGGUUAUACAUAGUCUUCCAUAAUCUUAUUUUUUAUUUAUGCAUAUUUUGCGUGAAAUACUAUUUAGAUGAAUGCAAUACAAUAUUUAAAGGUUUUGAAUACAAACCAUGGCUAGAUCUUAAAACUAUUGGCUGAAUAUUAUAACUGAAUGACAAAAACAAAGGUUAUAUGCCAGAAUGCACAUGAUGCUAUGUUCUUGUUUCAAAUAAAUAUUUACUUGUUGCAUUUUCAAAUAAAUAUUUACUUGUUGCAUUUUCAAAUAAAUAUUUACUUGUUGCAUUUUCAAAUAAAUAUUUACUUGUUGCAUUUUCAAAUAAAUAUUUACUUGUUGCAUUUUCAAAUAAAUAUUUACUUGUUGCAUUUUCAUCAGAACUCACAGUUGGUCUUUAUUAAACUGUAUUAGUUUAUUUACUACAGAUUAAACAAAUUGGCAUAAAAUGGACUUCUAACAUAUUUAUGACAAUGCAGACUACCUAUCACACUGUUACAGAAUAACUUUUAUUUAGGUAGUAUUUUAGUUUUAAAGGAAAAUAAUUGUGUUCGAAUGAUUUUAUUAAUUCAGACAAAUCUAAGAAACAAAACUUUGUAAUUAUGUUUUACGAAUGUAUCUUUACAGUGUUUAGGCACAUCAGGGUAUUAUCUUCUUUAAUAAAAAUUCAUGGCAUUGACUUUUAUUAAAUUAGUUGAAUUGUAUUUACAAUUAAUGUAAAGUCUCAAUAUAUAUCUGUAUAAUCAUAUAUAAUAUGUAUUAAGUUUGAAACCUAUGAUCCAUCCAUAAUAUUUUAUCUCAAAGACUUUGUAUUAAAAUUGAUUUGAAUGCCCCCGGUAGGGUGGCAUAUAGCAUUUGAACUGUCUGUUAGUCCGUCUGAAAACUUUAACAUUGGCCAUAACUUUUGCAAUAUUGAAGAUAGCAACUUGAUAUUUGGCAUGCAUGUGUAUCUCAUAGAGCUGCACAUUUUGAGAGGUGAAAGGUCAAGGUCAUCCUUCAAGGUCAAAGGUAAAAAAAAACGAAUCCAAGGGAAGAAACAAGCUUUAUAGGGAGAUAAUUUCUAUUUAUCAAUUUGCAGGUACAGAUCAUUUUUACAAGGGAAGUAAUAUUUUGUAAACGGAUAUAAUAAAUAAAUAAAUCAAAGCCGCGCAGUAGGGGGCAUUGUGUUUCUGACAAACACAUCUCUUGUUUUAACAUGAUUUUGUAUGCUUAUUUUAACAUGAUUUUGUAUGUUUAUUUUUUAAGAUUCUUAAAACAUAAAUUUUUUAACACAUUUUUAGUGUAAACAGAUAAGAGGGGAAAAAAGGAAUACUAUUUCUUUAUUGAUUGUUACAAUGUAUAACACAAUUUGUUUAAUUAUAAUUAUCUCAUACUAACUGUGGCUUUAAGGUACAUAGUAUGGAAAAUUUGUGUUUGUCAUAAAAACAGCCUCAUGUCUUCUUUUAUGUUCGAUUGAUUUUAUUGUUGAUUAUGAAAUAGAUUACUUAGUAAUUGAAGUUUCAAAAGAGUUCACCAAUAAAUUUGAGCUGGGGCAUAGUCAUACUAUGCUAUGUUAAUCUUCAAACCCCAGUCCGACAUAUUUUCCAAAAAUAAAACCUGACAGGAAACAUUUUUAAUGGGCAUCUUAACCAAAUGUACCAAAUAAAAUACACACAAACUAAAAUCAUUAAAAUAUUUGUUUUUAUAAAUAAUGAUUGUAUGUUUUUUAAUACCUAGGGUUGAAAUCUGGUGAUGCCACUAAGUAAAAUGACAUGUCUGGUAAAAAUAAAAUAGUUAUCUAUGAAUAAAUAUUCUUUUCUUUUACAAGAACUGAUGGCCCUUGAAAAAUGCAUAAUGGUCGGGCUGGUGCUUUAAAUACAACGAAAUGAGCACUUGAUAAAAUUACUUAUGUGAAUUUUUGCAGUUCAUUUAUUCUAAUUAUUUCUUUUAAUGGAGAAACAAUCAGAAAUACUGAACUGCAGAAAUUCAUAUUCUUGUUGAAAAUGAUUAUUUUAAGAAAUAAUUUGGCUGAAAUGUUUCUGAAACUUGGCUACAGCAUUAAUCCAAUUGAAUACAUUCCCGUCUCAGAGCGUUAUCUCUACAAGCAUUUGUUUCGCGUGCAAGUGUGAUUCAUUUAUAGAUCUAUCUACAGCUGUUAUGUUUUUAUACAUCUAAAGUUUAUGCGUGCCAUGUUUUGUAUAUACUUUUUGUAACAAAUAAAACUAUUUUAUUUA